UAUCCAUAAGCCAGACGGCAUAAUUCCCCCCUCCCCCCUCCUAUUUGCCUAAUACCAGAUUCCUGUAUUUUCUUCCAUUUUCUUUCAAUCCAUCCAAAACCCGGCUCUCCUUGUCGAAAUGGCGACGACUCUGUUAGCUUCCUCUCAAACAAGCUUCCACCACCCACUCUCUGUCUCUGACUCAUCAUUUUCAAGUCCUUCAUCCUCUUCUUCAUCGGUCUCUAUGUUCACUCUCACAAAACCUCGAAUCCUUUCAUUACCUUCUUACAAAUCCAGUUUCUUCAACCCAAUUGGGAGCUAUUUCAAGUGCAUUGAGAUGGAACCAAGAAAAAUCAGGAGCUCUUCACUAGCGGUUCGAAUGUCAUGGGACGGUCCACUCGCUUCCGUCAAAUUAAUCAUACAAGGCAAAAAUCUCGAAUUAACAGAUACAGUUAAGCAGCAUGUUGAGGAGAAGGUUGGUAAGGCAGUUCAGAAGCAUAGCCAUCUGGUGAGAGAAGUUGAUGUUAGGUUGUCUGUUCGUGGGGGAGAACUUGGGAAAGGUCCCAGGAUUCGAAGAUGUGAGGUGACUUUGUUUACAAAGAAGCAUGGAGUAGUUCGAGCAGAAGAAGAUGCUGAGACAGUAUAUGGGAGUAUAGAUUUGGUGUCCUCAAUUCUACAAAGAAAGUUAAGGAAGAUUAAGGAGAAAGAAUCAGAUCGUGGCCGCCACAUGAAAGGCUUCAGUAGAUCAAAAGUUAGAGAACCGGUGGCGGUAGUAGUAGAUGAUGAUGCAGAGGCCUUUCCCGAGCAGGUAGUAGCAGAUGAUGACGUAGCAGCGGUUCCCGAACAGGAGGAUGAUAGCUUUAUAGAUGAGAUUGUUCGUACAAAAUACUUUGAGAUGCCACCACUGACUGUCUCUGAAGCAGUUGAGCAGCUGGAAAAUGUUGAUCAUGACUUCUAUGGUUUCCGCAAUGAAGAAACUGGUGAGAUUAAUAUUUUAUACAAAAGGAAAGCUGGAGGGUACGGACUCAUUAUACCUAAAGGAAAUGGUAAAGCUGAGAAUUUAAACCCGCUGGUGGUCGAAUCUGGAAAAGAACACUCUUACGUGGAAUAGUUUGUCUGAGAUUGUGAGAAAGAAAGUUGCAAGCUGUUCUGUUCAUCUGUAGAUUUUUCAUGGCAACACUAUAGAUGAAGGUCAAGGCAUGUAGAGAGACAUAGUACAAGGUUUAAGAUUAAGCGAAGAUGAUCAUGUGGGGGUUAAAAAUAUCAUUGCCUGAAGUAUGGGGGAUACAUGAAUAAUGAUAUUUGUACAAUCACCAUGCAAUCUAUAUAACAUCUCUUACAUCUUAAUUUGCUCGAA